CAUUAGUGCGGCUUCCGAAAUUAAGAGGUUUACACUAGAAAAGGUUUCGCGCCAUCAAAACACACACACACACACACACACACACAGUAUGCUCUCCCGCAAACGGCCAUCCAAACCCUUCGUUCCCCCCUUCACCACCCCCAAACCUACCAAACUCCUCAAACCCACCGAUGAUGAACCUCCUGCUUCACCCCAACCCCAAACCACGCAGUCUACUCUUUUUCACAAUAUGGCGUCCGUGCUGGCCGACUCCGACUGCACGCUCAUCAACCCCACCGGCCCGCCUUUACUCCCCUCCGAUCUCUACGCCUUCCGCCAACGACUCCACGGAGCAUUCUCCGCCGAUUCCUCCCUCCGCUCCCUCUUUCUCCAGGGCUUCUCUGUUUACAUUUCUUCCACCUCUAAUUUCCGACGGGUGUUGUUACCUUGUCAGCGCGAUGGCUUUGGAUCAACGAGAAGUGAGAGCCUAGUUCGAGUGCUGUUAUUGGUUAAAUCGAUCCAGCAAGACCUUUUAGACAUGUUGCUUGAGAAGCUUCCUGAAUUCUUUGACGUGGACCCUCUUGUUAGUGCUCGUGGCUCAUACUCAUUGCAUCUUGAGGAGGAUGUAGCAAGGUUGAUACUGAAUCAGUUGCGAUGGCUUGAUUUCCUUGUAAACUCUGAGGCUUUCGCUGAGAAACUGUUACAAGUUUUAACUAUUUGCCCCCAUCAUUUGAAGAAAGAGAUCAUAGGUUCAUUGCCUGAGAUUGUAGGUGACCAGAAUAACGAAACCCUAGUGAAUUCACUUCAACAAAUGCUCCAGGAGGACUCUUCCAUUAUUGUUCCUGUUCUUGAUUCAUUUUCCAAUCUCAAUUUGGAUGAUCUGUUGCAAGAACAGGUGAUCAUGAUAGCAUUAUCCUGCAUAAGGACAAUUGAUACGGAGCACAUUCCAUACCUACUGAGAUUUGUAUUGCUUUCUGCAAAGGCAUCAAAUGCCAGGCGAAUAAUCUCACAGAUACGUGAACAGCUGAAAUUUGUUGGAGCGCCUCACUUACCAACAUCACAACACAGCAAAUCUAAAGAAAAAUAUAUUGUAGAUAACUCAAAAGCGUUGAUUCUUGAUGCCCUGAGAUCUAGUCUGCAUUUUAACAAUAUUCUGUGCAUGGAGUUAUUGAAAGAACUGAAAAGUUUGGAGGAAGCUCGAGAGCACAAGGUGGUAGAUAUAUGGUUGCUUACUCUUGUAUUCAUGAAUGGUGAAUCCUUGCGAAAGAGUGUUGAAAAACUAUUCAAGAAAAAAAUUAUUGAGGGUUGUCUUCAAGAUCAUAUGUUUGAUCAGUGCAUUCUCAGUGUUAAGGAUUUGCCGAAGGAUUAUCUUGCCACAUUUUUGUCAUUAUCUGCAUACUUGCUGGCCUGCAAAGAACAACGAGCCCAGGAAGUUGGCGUCCACAUUUAUAUACUUCUGUUUGAAGAAUCUAGUGAUGCUUUUUCUAGACAAGAAGUUCUGGGAGCAUUACUAACCCAUGUGGGCUCUGGCGUUUGCCAUGAGGUAAGCGCUGCUUUAGACACCUUGGUCAAGUUGGCCUCCAGGAAGUCCCAGGAGUUAACUUCGCUUUCAUCUCACUUAACUGGCAUCUUGGAUUAUUUGGAGGUCUUCAAUGUUGAGAGCCUCCACAAGGUUUAUGAAAUCUUUGUUUGUCUCGCAGUUUCUGCUCAAUCUUGCCCACAACCUUAUGGAUGCUCCAUAGCAAAUGAAAUUCUAAUGAUUUUGAGGAAACAGAUCAAUAACUCAGAUCUGUUGUACAAGAAGAUGGGCCUGAUAGGAGUACUUAAGAUAGUCUCAUACAUUGCAGAUACAAAUAACGUCUCUCUUCCGCCUUUAUCACAUAGGUCAAACUAUGAGGAAGCAGUGGAGCUCUUGAAAUUGUCUUUAGACUCUUGCAAGCAGCUCCCCUUACCAUUGAUUCUGUUUUAUGAAGAACUGGUUACAACGUUGCAAAACAGAAGUCUUCACCCAGCUGUCAUGGAAUGGGUUGGCAAACAAGUUUUGGAAUUUGAGUCAAUUUAUCUAUCUGAUAUUGAUAGUGGGAACUUAAUUGUUCAAGACAUGCCUUAUGGUUUAGAAGGAGAAUUGUGGAUGAACCUUGAUGGUGAUAUAUCUCCCGUUUGCUUAAACAUUGUGCCACUUGUUUCUCCAUUGUUUAGAUCCUCUUCACCUUUACAAAUUCUCCCUACAAAGUUUGUUUUACUUUCUGUGGUUGAGAGAAUCGCCAACCAAGGAUCUCUAGGAGGCAUUGAUGCUCUUCUUGGUUGCCCCUUCAAUCUUCCAUCCACAAAGCUGUUAUCUGAAAUUUUAUGGCAGCCUUUGACAGUGAAACAAAAGCAGAUUUGUAUUCUCUCUCUUUAUUAUGCUGCUAACUGGAUAAGGGAACUGUUAAAUGUGUUUUCCACCCAAGUUGGCAACGGAUGUGAGACAAUAAGCCAAGCAACGAAGGAAGACAUAGUACUUAAGCUAUUAAAGCGCUUGAGAAACCUAGUAUUUAUUGAAUAUUUAUUGGACAAUUUUCUGAAACAACACCCAAUACUUCUUCCUGAUUUCUGUCCUCACUCGGAUUUGUCACCUGUUGUUGAGUUUGACUCUGUGGGUGACUUGGAAAAGAUUAGCCAGCGUCUCAAAGGGGGUGAAAUUUUGUCCCGAAAUCAAAAGAAACACAAAGGAAAGUCCUUGACUCCAUCAGCCAGUUCAAAUGCUGAGGAAAAACUCAAGCAGCCAACAUUAGUUGAUGUAUGGAGGAAAGCAGGGAGCAUACCGAGCCAAGGAACUCCGGAUGAGGAUGCAUCUGUGGCGUCCUUGAAGACCAAACAAUCUGCAUCUGAGGAAAGUCAUGCUGAAAAAUCUAAUAUGCCUCUAAAUAUUGAAAUAUCUGCACCUUUGAAGUGUUUAGAUGCACAAAUGCACAAAUUCAGGCCACUUCCAGUUGAUUGCCUUUCCAUACUUGCAUGUCCUGAGAAUAAUCAAAGUUCAUGCUGUGCAGACCCAUCUGCUGAGCUGCCACUACAUCUCUAUCUCCUGUGUGAUCUUCAUAAAAAGCUGGAUCUCUUAUGUCCCACAAGAAAACAAACUUUAGCAAGAAGCUUCAGUGCUCCAUCUGGGUUUAUGGGAAUGAAAUUGACUGAAUUCUUCAGCAGGAUACGACCUUUGUUUUUGUACCUUAGGAGAAACUUUGAUCGGGCGGUACACAUUCUUGGAGAAGGUGCUGAAAUAUGUCAAGAACACUGGAUAACCCAGUCUAGUUUGGCUGCAAAUCCGGAGAUAGUAAAUACAUGUGUUUCAGUAUCACCUAUUCUGACUUCUGUUUCAGUUUUUAAAGAGACGCUUCUCUGCUUUGGGAAGAUGCUUAAUCUGCCAGAUCUUCUGAAGGAGAAUUCUACCCUACUAGAUCUUCUUAAAGCCUUCCAGCCAACAGAAAUAUCUGAGGGUUUAUUCCAAGGAAUGCAACUGAUCCCUUCACCUGGGAGUAUGGACUAUUUAUAUUCUGGUGCUUAUUUUUUUCUUGAAAGUGUCUUUGAUGUCGCAAUAAACUUUUCAUUUACACUGGCUUCAGAAGUCUUGUUGACUUUAGAAUCCAUGGUUACAUCCAUCCACACAUUCCUUACUAGAUGUCUGAGUGAAAAUGGAAUGGAUCCUCACACAAGAUUUAGCAAGGAAAUCAUUCCUUUUUUUCGCAACAAACUUGGGAGUUAUGCACAUAAGCUCUUGACUCACAAGUGUGAUAGGGAUGAUGUUGGCGGUAGUUUAAAAACCAAAGGGGAAAUGAUCCAAAAGAUUCUACGGCUUUAUUUGGGUAACUGCCAGUCAGCUUCUGAUUCACUAAACGAUCUUGCCUCCUCCAUUUUUCCUCAGGAUUUGCCCUCUGCAAACACAAUGGAGGAUGGCAGUACAUUUCCUAGCCUUUGCCCUGCGACAAUGAGUGUCUGGUACCGAGUAAUGCAUGAAGAGAACAUAUCUGCACUCAACAAUUUGGUUAAGGAAAUUUCUCAGUCAGAGAAAUCAAGAGGUGGUGCUAAAGUGGAAGAUAUACAGAAGCUUCUGAACAAAAUAUUGCAGUCUGUUAAUGUGGUUGUAACACUGGUUAACAUGUGCAGGAAUAAUGAUAAGGUGAGCAUUCAUGCAGUGGCUGUCAAGUAUGGAGGGAAGUUCAUUGACACCUUUCUGAAAGUUUUUGACUUCUUAGAGGCUCAGUUUCAGAUGCACAAGGACCUCAUACUUUCCCUGAUUACAGAGCUGCAGAAAGCAACAAAAACCAUACAAACACUAUGCUCUGAAGCAAAGGGAUCAAAACAAACUGCUAUAACUGGCAAAAUUCCUAUGACAAAGAGAGCUAUGGAACGAUUUUUGUUUCACGUCAAAGCCCUUCUUUGCAAAACUCCAAGUGGAUGCUUGUUCUGGAUGGGCAAUCUGAAGCACAAGGACUUGAUGGGACAAGUAGUUAGCUCGCAAGCAUACUUGGAUGAUCAGAGUGAUGAAACUAAUGACGAUCCUGCUGAGGCCAUCGCUGAGGACCAACCGAUGAAUGAUGUCAAUCCUGAAUGAUAACAGAGGUACCUACAACAGCAUAAAGAGAUUGAGCUUUCAGCCUUGGGCAUGGGUAAACUAACUGCCUAAAUUUAGUCUACAACAAUACAUAAAACCAAGCUUUCUUACAAAGGAACCUAUAAUUUUUCAUUAUUUUUCCCAAAUAUUUAUAUAAUCAAUUUAAUGUUCAUUAUUUUUCCCAAAUAUUUAUAUAAUCAAUUUAAUGGUGCUGACAUUCAGUUA